CAACGAGUGCCGUGACGAUCUUGUCGCUCAUCUCUUGUACACACCAACGCUCUCCUCAGGCUUGUAUUAGCUUUCCUUCCCCAUCCAUAAGCACACAAUGUCGUCGCAGAUUCAGUCGAACGUGGUGCGGAGCGGCGUCCGCCCCGGCCACCGGCCGCAGAGCAACGAUGGGGAAGUCAACAUCCCCAUCAGGACGGCCACCAACGAGAGCGAGACCGCCGUUGGACAACUGAUGGACGUACGCCAGACAGAGACACACAAACGGACGUGACAGACACCCACACGAGAGUGACUGUCGGGUGAUGGGGGUCCGUUGUUUCGCCGCGUGUGUGUUCCCAGAAGGUAGGCCUCAGCAAGCGCAGCCCCCAGGAGAUCCAAGAACGUCGCGAGGCCAACCUGCACCGCGCUGAAACACUCGAGGUAUGCCUCCCUCCCCACCUCCAGAGCUCUUCAGCCCCACCCACUCAUUUUCGCCCACUCUUUCUCUUCCUGUCGUCUGUCUGUCUGUCUGUCUGUCUGCAGAAGUUGCGCACCGAGGGCAUCAAGGACAAGAAUGAGGGCAAGCUCGACGCAGCGGAGGAGCGUCGCAAGAACGAGAUGGCCAAGAAGGCUGAGCACGAGAAGAAGAAGGGCGACAAGCGGCAGCAGGUCAUCGAGCGGGCCAAGGAACUCGAGAGACAGAAGCAGGAGGAGAUGAAGAAGAAGCAGGCCGGCAAGCUAGAUGAAGCAGAGCAGCGGAGAAAGAAGCAGCUCGAGGACAAGGCUAAGCGCAUGGCGGAGCUCGCUGCCACCGAGGAGCACGUCCAACGCGCGGCUGAGAUUCAGCAAAAAAACGUCGAACAGAUCGUUUCCAAGACGGCAGGUAAGUGUACGGGUGGGUGAGUCAGAGAGUGGCACGAUCGUGACAUCUGUCUGUCUGUCUGUCUGUCUGUCGGUGUGUGGUUCGCACAGGGAAGCUGGAUGCCGCCGAACAGCGCCGCCUGGACCAUCAGGCUCAAGUGGCCAAGCGCAUGGCCGAGCUAGCCGACACCGAGGCGCAGGUCAAGAAGGCAGAGGCAAUGGAGCAGGCACGCAAGGAGGACAUCAUGGUGGGCACUCACCAGCGCAGAAAGCUGACCGACCAACUAUGUGUGGGCACCCGUAUCUCGUGUCUCCUUCUGUCUGUGAAUCAAUCAAUGUGUCUGCAGAGUCGUCAGUAUCGAUUCGAUGAGGCCGAGAAGAGACGGCUGGAGCACCUCGAGAAGGAGAAGGAGCGCAUGCGUGAGCUCGGGCAGACGGAAGAGGUCGAGAAACGAGCCAAGGAGAUCGAGGAAAUGAAGAAGAAGGCCAUCAUCGUAAUUAAAACGCACUCUCGAUCUGACGUUGAUGCCGUAUCCGGUUCAUUCUGCCCUCCUACCUGUGUGUCUGUGUGCGUGUGCAGGACAAGACGGACGGCAAGCUGGAUGCAGCCGAGCAGCGCCGCAUCGAGCACCAGCGAGAGGUUUCUCGCAGAAUGAGUCAGCUGGCCGAUACCACCGCGCAAGUGCAAAAGGCCGAGGCUCUCGAGGAGGCCCGCAAGGAGGAAAUCCUGGUAUCGCAGCCUUUCGCCACAGACACACACACAAAGAGGGAGAGAGGGAGAGAGGGAGAGGGAGAGAGGGAGAGAGAGGGGGAAGGUCUGUGUCAUGCCCAUCAACGUAGCGACACAGACACGUUUGUGUGUUUGUGUGUGUGUUGUGAUCCUGAUCCUGCAGGCAAAGGCGGGUCGGUUCAGCGAGGCAGAGAAACGGCGCCUGGAGUUCCUCGAGAAGGAGAAGGAGCGCAUGCGAGAGCUCGGCCAGACCGAAGAAGUGGAGAAGAGGGCCAAGGAGAUCGAGGAAAUGAUGAAGAGGGCCAUCAUUGUACACACACGCACACAGACACAGACAUCCCACCCGCGGCAAGCUUCGAAUGGCUUGUUUGUCCAUCCCUGUGCGCAUCUCAUCUGCAGGAGAAGACCGACGGCAAGUUGGAUCAGGCUGAGGCGCGCAGACAGUCAAUUCUCGACGAGCGCAGAAGACGCAUGUCCGAGCUGGGCGCCACCGAUGAACAAGUGCAGCGGUAAUCAAUAAAUCCACUCACAACACGGUGUUGGGCGAGACUGACACGCACUGAUGUGCAUGUUGAAGACACAUUCUUCAUACCCUCUAUGAUCUAACGCCAUCUUACCUUACCAUGGCUGCGCUGCCUUCCCUGUUCGCGUCUGUUGUUUCUUUAAUUCAGUGCUGGUGAGAUAGACCAGGCCCGCCGGUCAUCGAUAGCCGCCAAAACCGAGCAGAAGCAGGCCAAGGCGGAGGAGACAAGAGAGAUCUACAACCAACUCAUGCACCGCGGAUCCAAGGAACACAUGUAAUGACGUAGAAAGGCACUGUACUGAGUACAGUACGUGUGGUCGAUUGACAGGAUGCAACACACAUACACACACACGUGGGGCGGGGGGGAGGGGAGGAUCCAUGUCUGCGGUGCGACACCGAGGGCGAUAGUCACAUAGCGAUAGUGAGAGAAUUUGUUGUACAGCGCGGCUGCCUGAGUGCCAUCUACAUCUAUCUGCUGUUGUCGUCUUUUUCUUUUCCUUUCCUUUCCUUUGCCUUUUCCUCUGGCCGGCGUGGCCUUGGGGGGGUGAGGUGUGCAGUCAGCAGACAAGAGAGAGAAGGGUGUGGUCUGGUCAAAAGAAGUGUCAAUUGUUGCGCCAUUUGCUGCCGCUUGUCUAUCUGUCUGCUUGUCUGUCUGUCUGUCUGCCUGGGUGUGUGUGUGAGUCUCCGACAGGAUGCAUGUGUAAUUCGCUGUAGUGUAGUGGUUAGCAAGUCACAAAAAAAGACUGUGCAAAACGAAGCGAUAGUGGCCACGCGACACUCACACACUCUCACCCCCUGACACACUGCCUACAUGAUCAUGAAUUGAAGAUGCCGACCUUCAAAGUCUCUUU